CGCUGUAGUCUCACCUGAGAAAACAAAACGCGGUCGGUUACUGUCAUUGUGUUGUUUCUAAGGGAGAAGGCACAUGGUGGAACAGAUCUUUGUCGGACUCAGCAGCCACGGUUCGCCGAGACAACAGACCCAUUAUUCUGCGUCUCAGCUAGCGUUAUGAAUGGAAACAAUAUCAAGUCACGACAAAACUGAAACGACAAUCCCAUCAAUACAUUUUAGAUGAGCAUACGUAAAAACCUUGACAUUUGUUUAGUUUGUCAGAGAAACAACUUUGAAAAGAAAUAUCAGUUAUCUUUUAAAUUAGCUCUCAGAGCCUGGGGAUAUACUGACAGGGCGACCUUGCGGCUUGUCUCGUCACGGUCCAACCAGAUCGAUGUCAUUCCAGAGAUGCUGAGAGGGUUACGGCAGGUAGCGAACCUAUGAUUGGCACAAAGAUGACGUUCUAGUCAAUGGUACAGAACCUCAGUCUCUCAAACAGUCUGAAUGUGAUCAACAAACAAUAGAUUUUCUAAAGUGUUGUUGAACGUUUUACUUGGCACCAAGUUUCCACCGAAGUUGAACUUUCAAAAUGUCGUCCAUUCCGCCUUGCCCAUUGGUCCUCCUGUUAUUGUGUUUGGCCAAUCAUGCGAAAGGAGACGGUCUAGGUUUACGUCAGGGUCAGUUUGACAACAAGCUGAUGACGACCUACUUGAUUGACCGUUUCACCGGUGCCUUCAGUCUGACGUGGUGCGCCGUCAAGUGUUACAACGAUCCCAAGUGUGGGUCAUUCUUCUACAGCAAGGGAGAUAAGGUGUGCCAGCUUCACUCCGUCUUGUUUAUCACGCCUGGAGACGCAACAUCUCAUCAUGGAUUUUGGUAUUUCAAGAUGACGGAAGCUCGCUGUCCAGAUAACGCUGGCUACGUGAUGCACCGGUCACCAGUCCUGUGUUACAAGGUCCAUAUGGAGAAACAGACGUACGAUCAGGCCAAGGUCACGUGCCAGACAGAGGGCGCCACCCUCCUCAAGGUCAAGGACGCAGAUAUAUCAUUCCACAUGUUCGAGUUCCUCAGAGCCUCAUCAGACGUUCGUGAGACUCACUUCAUGAUUGGCGCCGACGACCUUGACGUUCAAGGUCAGUACAAGUGGGGAGACGGCGACGUUGCUACGUGGACCAACUGGGCGUCAACCGAACCGAGCUCCCCCACAGAGCGGUGUCUCGCUAUAGCCUGGUUCUUCUACUUCAAGUGGAACGACAUCCCCUGUACGGAGUUGAUGAGCUUCAUCUGUCAGAUCGACUCUGUCAUCUAGGUCCGGCUGAUCCACGGGUCGGGCAAACUCAGCAGACAUGUUUAGGAACAAAUUUUAAUUCAGUCGGAGUGUGACAUGUUUUGACUAUUAUGUGACGGCUCCUACGUCACACCACACCAACCCAACACUCACACACGCGCACGCACGCACGCACGCACGCACACACACAAAGAAUAUUACAUUGCCAGUCAGAAUUAUGACACGAUGUGUUUUAAGUCAUGUCUUACAGAUAUUAUGCGGGGUAGAAUAUUGUAAACAGUAUAAACUUACCAUC